ACGUAAACAGAGAACACGGGUACACGAGCAGUGCAGAGAAAAUUUGCAAGUCAGUUUUAUUUUGUAUUUAUAUAACAAAGAUGUUGUCGAGUCGUUCACCAAAAACAACUCAAGAAAUAACUUCACAGCUUAAGAAUGCAAAAAUUAACGACGAGAAUAAGAUGCCACAAAACCUCAAAAACACAGCCUUGACCAACAGAAAAGUACUUGGCGACAGUAAUAUCCAAAACAUCAUUGAAGUGAAAGCAAAUGAGCCAAUCAAGAAACUAAUAACCCCAAGUCCAAAAAAGGUGGAACCAUUGCUUGAAGACAACCCACGUCGAUUUGUGAUCUUUCCCAUCCAGUACCAUGAUAUCUGGCAGAUGUAUAAAAAGGCUGAAGCCUCCUUCUGGACGGCAGAGGAGGUUGACCUCUCUAAAGACUUGACCCACUGGGAAGCUUUGAAGGAUGAGGAACGCCACUUUAUCUCCCAUGUUUUGGCAUUCUUUGCUGCCAGUGACGGAAUUGUCAAUGAAAACCUGGUGGAGAGAUUUAGUAAAGAAGUGCAGGCCACAGAAGCGCGGUGUUUCUAUGGAUUUCAAAUUGCCAUGGAGAACAUUCACUCAGAAAUGUACAGUCUGCUUAUUGACACCUACAUCAAGGACUCCACAGAAAGGGAGUACCUCUUCAAUGCCAUUGAGACCAUGCCUUGUGUGAAAAAGAAGGCAGACUGGGCCAUCAAGUGGAUAGGAGAUCAAGAAGCUGACUAUGGUGAGAGAGUGGUGGCUUUCGCUGCAGUGGAGGGAAUCUUCUUCAGUGGGAGUUUUGCUUCCAUUUUCUGGCUGAAGAAGAGAGGGAUUAUGCCAGGACUGACCUUCAGUAAUGAACUUAUCAGUAGAGAUGAGGGAUUACACUGCGACUUUGCCUGUCUGAUGUUCAGUCAUCUCUUGAACCGUCCCUCACAGGAAAGAAUUUAUGAAAUCAUCCGUGAUGCUGUGAAAAUUGAACAAGAAUUCCUGACUGAAGCCUUGUCCUGUAACCUCAUUGGAAUGAACUGCAAACUAAUGAAACAGUACAUAGAAUUUGUGGCUGAUAGACUUCUUCUCGAACUGAAGUGUGGAAAGAUUUAUGAUGUAGAGAAUCCUUUUGACUUCAUGGAGCAUAUAUCUUUGGAGGGAAAGACAAACUUUUUCGAGAAGAGGGUUGGAGAAUAUCAGAAAAUGGGUGUGAUGGGAGGAAAUGACUCAUCAAAACACGAGUUUACACUCGACGCGGACUUCUGAAUGCUCAAAUUCCUUGACAUUGAUUGCAAAUCCAUUCAAAUCUUGUGUUCAUUUUAGUAGGAUUUACCCACAUUUUAAUCUAUAUAAUUUUGUUUUAGUACAUGUACCAGCAAAUUCUUUUAUUGAUUUUAGAUGAUUAUUUCUUCCGAAGUGUUUUAAAGUGAGGCAAUUUAAUCAAUCUUUUAAAAAAAAUUCUAUGUACAAUGUGUAUAAAAUUGAUUGAUCUCGUAUCUCUGUUGUUAGUUUUUAUAGUGCUAUAUCGGAUUAUCCUCAUUUAUCAUGCAUCUUUUUACCUCAUUUUUGUGUUUUUUAUGUUGUACAAACAUGAUUCAUUAUUUAUGUGUGCAAGUGAGUCUUAGUGCAAGUUUGUUAAAGUAUUUUAUUGUGAAUGAUUUCAAAUAUAUGUUUUAUAUUGUAUGUUCUUGUUUUACUUGACCAAAUAUAUGAAAGAUCUAAAAGUAGAGCAUUAUUUUAAAGCUGACAUGAAUUAAUAAAUAUAGUAUAAUUCUAUAUGUCCGCCAUAUU